AUGUUUCUUUCCUUUUUUUCAACAGACAUUGACGAAUGCCUUGAUAUUUCUCACAAUUGUCACUUGUCAGCGAAUUGUACCAACAACGCGGGCUCCUUUUCUUGCUCAUGUCUCACGGGAUACACUGGGGAUGGCAUAUCUUGCAGUGGUACAUAUACUCUUGAAACCUUUACCUUUUACAUGCCCAUCAGUCAAACGGAUUCCAUAUUUUUUCGGAUCUUUUUUGCGGACGGGAAAUAUAUUUCUUGUAAAGAUUAUGCGCUUACAACGGUACACUCCUUUUCAACGCGAAAAAUAUUGCUUUUCGGGUUGUGACUACUUGGCAGUUAUGUUAUCUUUUAUGACUUCUCUCAUCUUUUCCCAUUUUUUGUUACUUACACUUCACAAUUUAAUGGCAUGGCGACUAUUAUGUUGUAUAUAGAGUCAAUGGCAUUUUUAGCCAACAGACGCCCUGAAUGGUACGGGUCCCCGACCUUGGUCUAGCUAUAUUGCAACCUUGUCUAUAAGCGGUACAUUCAUCGUCGUCGAGGCAGGCAUGUUUCAGCUACUGUUUUUUAAUAUGGAUUUUUCUCGAUUUCUGUGUGCAAUUACAGAUAUUGAUGAAUGCUCGGCCGAAAACCAUGACUGUCACCUAAAUGCAGUGUGUAGCAACAUACAAGGCUCAUUUUCGUGUAACUGUAUCCAGGGGUACACAGGGGAUGGAAAGCAGUGUGCUGGUUUGUUUCUAUUCUAGCAGUGUGUAAUAGUACCUUAUUUAAAAUUUGACCGUGCGUCAGUUUACGUGCCAUUCUCGUUGCUAUAGUUCGUUUCACCCUAACUUUAAAAGAUCCAAUACUUUGCUGUAUAAUGUGGAACUGUAAAAGAGUUUGAAAGUAAUGAUUUUCGAUAAAGUAAGCUCAAUUCAUUAAUUUUUGCAAUCUGUGUCAUCUUAAUUAGCUCAUUAAGUGUCCAGAACUGCCUUACUUUGUUAGUUUACUCUAAUGCCUUGGAAAAUAUGUAAAGGAGGGAGUGUUUUAGUCUUACUUAAAAUUAUCUAAAAUCAAUGGGAAACAUGGCAAAAAUUUCCAGAAGACAAGUUCAGACCAGCAAAUGUAUUUGUACAGACACAGAUGAAUGUGCAGAGGGAACCCACAACUGCCAUGGAGUGGCUCACUGUUACAACAAUGAAGCCUCGUUCACAUGCCAAUGUCGGUCUGGUUACACGGGUGAUGGACUGACUUGUAGCCCGCUUGGUGAGUUACUUAGUAUAUUAAUCUUUGCGAAUACCUUUUAACUGAAAGAAGGUGCCCACUUCGUUAAAUUCAAUAGUUUAUAGUAGCGAAUUAUAAUUCCCAUUAAGAAUCUACAGUUACAAAAUGUUGAUGAUUUUGUCAAGUAAAAGGCAAUUUUUUUUUACUAUUUUAUAGUUAAAGCCUGGCCCAUUUUGUAAAAAUCGAAACAUAGUACUGUUUUAGCCCACCCUGUUGUUCUUUUCACGGCAAUACAAAAACUGGUCAGUUCAUAGUAUCUUAGAAUACGGACUAUCAUAGACUAUACUAUGAUGUAUUUAGCUCAAAUCAGGAAUACCGUAGGCAAAUCGCGUUCUUUCUAACAUGCUUUUAAUUCAAUAGGUGACUUUUCAAUAACUAUAGCGAAUAUAUCUAAGGAUAACAAUAAGCCUACUGCAGUCAAGCGAUCUGCCAAAAGUAUCCAAACAGCGGUAAUCAAAGGUCUACCAGCACGUGCUAAAGUGUUGUACAGUGUAUUGGAGUGGCGCCUGAUAAGUGAGGCAGAAUUAGCAGCCGCGGAGUCGGCAGAGGGCGAAUUAGUAAGUGAAGGAACCGCUGAGUGGGCAAUCGAGAGGAGGACUUUACCUGCGGGAAAAUACCAAGUCAAGUUCGAUGCGUCCAUCACAAUCGGGGAUCCGACCUUUCCACAAACUAUUCAGGCAUUUGACUACGGCUUUAUUGAGAUAAUUUCAGGUCCUUUACGCGUUGUUGUGGACGGUGGAAGUUCCGUUCGAUGGGGAUCUAACGAGAUGGUAACAAUUGAUGGUUCUCUGAGUUACGAUGAAGAUGUUGGGCCUGGAAGUCACUCUGGGCUCAAUUUCACUUGGUCAUGCCGCACUCAAGAGCAAAAUGCAUCAAUGAGCUAUGACUGCUUUGGUGCUUUUUCUCAGAGAGGAGAUUUGAAUUUAACUUCCGUCACAAUAGACACCAGUGUUCUGGAAGUAGGACAUAGCUACAUUUUGCAGUUAACUCUUUGGAAAGAUGUUAGAAGCUCAUCUGCUGAAAUGACUUUUGAGAUAGCAUCUGGAGAUUUACCCAGAGUAAUUCUUAGGUAAGUGGGCCGUUUCAUACUUUGUACUAUUACAUGAGAAAUUUCUGCAAUUUGAUUGGCUUACAGCAGUGAUAUUUCAGCUUAAUUUGAAAUACCUACAAGUGAAAAUUACAAAUCUUGUGUGGGUAGUAGUAUAAACAAAUAAUAGGAUGAUUUCUGGUGAUAUUUGGCACAAAUACUACUCAUGAUAUUUCAAAAUUGUCUUAAAUUUCACUCGCCUAACGCCUGGUGAAAUAAAGUAUAACAAUUUCAAAAUAUCACUCGUGGUAUUUAUGGCAAAUGUCACUGCAAAUCAUGCUAUUACCUAUACUAAUAUGGUUAAUUUAUUAUGAAGAAAUAACAUUUCAUAACUUUUUCACAACCUCCAAACCCGGACCAUUUAAUUUUUGCAAGUGUCCCAACAACAAAUUAUCUGAGGCAGCUCUCCUGAAUCCUAAACACCACACAAAAUAUAAGUAAAUAUGUCAUCUGAGCUGUCCAAGGAAGUAACGCCCUAGAGUUAACUAGGUCAAAUUACAACAAAAUUCGAUUGCUAAUUUUCUACGUUAAUCAUUUACCUUAGGUGCUUUGUUGAUUGUGGUGCGAUUGUAUCUUCUUCCAACAAAUUUCGAGUAACAUCAGAAUGCCCCAACUCUGCAUGCGUCGGCGCAACCUACGAAUGGGUUCUGGAAAGGUUUGACACGGCAAGCUGGGAGACUCUGUCUAAUGUGGCUGACAUCACAGCUACGCCAAUUAACGCUUCAAACUUUAUAAUUAAACAAAACAUGCUUCUUUCUAAUACACAGUACCGACUGAAACUAAGUGUGACAUCUCUAAUGAAAGUAGAGGGUUAUGGAUUGCUUGAGUUUGAAACGGCUGGCGAGCCUCACGGUGGUUUGUGCAAAUCGUUAGUCAUAGAAGGCGUGUCAUUGGAGACAGAAUUUAUGUUUGAGUGUGCUGACUGGACAGACAGAAGUACACCAUUAACUUAUGAAUUUCGAAAUGGUGACGAUCUAAUUUCCUACGGUAUUUCCCCAGUUUCUCCGAAAACAGUAUUGCCUGCAGGAGAUCCUGAAAACAACUAUAAGAUAACAAUUAAUGUUGUCAUUAAAAAUGCAGUUGGGGUGAAAGUGGCUUACUCGUUUGAGAUAAAGGUGAGAUAAGUGAUAGUUUAAGAUAUCUGUAUUGAUAGAGUUUGAUGUAGUUUAAACCACUAGUGUCGCAUAUUCCAUCUGCCUAAAACGGCCAAUGUUGAUCAGGACGACAAUCGACUUUAACAGGGUUAAACGAUCAAUAGCCUCACUGUCGACAUUAAUACCAUGCAUUAGAAACAUAUGAAUAAGCAAUGAGGUGAAAUAUAACACUUUUUUGAUGCUGCAUUCUUGACUUGAGCCAGAUUCCGAUACUAAAAAUAUUUAAACUCAUAAUAGUGAACACUUACAUGUAACUUCUACUGUACAUAUAAUGUCUAUCUCUUUGCAUUUCAAUUUGAUGCAUUGAAAUUGGAUUACAGUCUUAACUGUGAUGGAUUUGAAACUUAGAACUUAUGUAUAUAAGUCUUGACUGAUUUUUUCAGGUCACUCCGUCUUCAAAACUUGAUCCUUGCCAAUCUUCAUUGGAACAAGUCACCAGCAAAUUAGAAAACUUACUUCUCGGGCCUGAAAAUGAAGUUGACGAAUUUCUGCUAAAAGGCGAGAUAAGUCAGGCCGCGCAGCUUUCGUUAUCUGUCCUGGCCUCAGCUAAAGAAAAAACAGAGUGUGGACAAAACGUUCCUACUGAUAUUCAGUACCAGGUGAGAAAAGUGAAUCAAUGUAGUUAAUUAUAAGCUUCAGGAAACUUCUUAUCCAUAGUCAGUGUUCCCAUAAAAACUCUCGCGUUCCUUUUCAUGCGUCAUGAAAAAAGGAAUGUCUACUAGCCAGAGGUAGUUGUUGGCUUCACACUAGAAGUCAAGCUAGUUUUUCAGGUAAACACUCGAUUCAAGUCUUAAGCCGCUCUGUAGAAAACAUGACUUCACACUUCUCGACAAAGUAUAUUUCUUGAAGUGUUAAAAAGCUUUCAAACUCUCCGUUCAUUAGAAUCUUGGAACCGCUGCUCGUACACACCGUGCACAUGUCGUCCACUUCUUAUUGACCAAGUGUGGUGUAGACCAUACGAACGUUUCCAUGCCCACCAAGUCAAGUUGAAGCGAGUAGGUACGUUUGCCCCAUUACACUCAAAGCAGGUUCCAAGUACACUUACAUUAUACUUGAAGCUCUAGUGUGAAGCCAAACCAGUAUUCCGAUUCUUGUGGGAUCUAGAAAAGUUUCCCGCUUUGCUUGAUUCUUCGAUGUACUGACCCAGUUUACUUUAGUGCUUCAACCAAGUGUUAUGAUAUUCUUUCCAGAUAAUGUGUGCUAUUGUAACAAGGUUUACAGCAAUACCUCCUGAGAGUCUACAAAUGUCUCUCCUGUUUGGGUCAGUUGUAAAGGCAGCAACGGACGACAGUCAGCUUAAAUGUGAUGGAUUCGAUGUUUUGGUAAGUUUUUGAGGAAGAAAAAAAUCUUGUCGUAAUAUAGUCUAUUUCUAUAAUUUUGAAUAUCAUUUUAUAUGGCCGCUGGCUUUCUCUUGGCUCUCCUUCCAUGUAAGGCUGGUCCGUAUACCAUUAUGUAAAUAUUUCCAAUGAAACCUUAAUAUCUAAACUUAGAGUGCACGCUGGAUGUAAGAUUGCAAGAUGCAUUCUCUUCUCCAACAUAAGUAUAAAAAGUUGUGACAUUUAUUGCAUCUCGCUCUUUUAGGAGUCAACGAGGAAAUUAACAAAUUACAUAGGCUUGCUCCUAGCAUCAUCUCUCGCAGAUGUGGAGGAACCGUUCUCAGAUGAGAUUCAGGAUGCAGCUGCAACGACAACAGAACUUUUGGGAAAUGUUCUUAAAUCAGCAUCUUCUACCGAUAACACUGGAGUGGGGGGUAACGUCUCACAAUCCAAGGUGAGAAAGUGACACGCAAGGUAAUCACUGAUCCAAACAGACUCUCUGACAGUGACAACCGCUAGCUUACCUGUUUUUGUCCUCCAGUUGGAACACUGUAGGGAAUGAUCUCAUUAAGUGGUAGCCUUUUUGCUCACCUUCAGGGGCCGUACUAAUUGAGCACUCCAGAAAAUACCAUAACAUACCAUAAUGCUCUUUGUUUGUCACCCCAAAAUUUUGCAUAAGCAUUGUCUUCAGUUUCUCUUGGGAGUUAAAAUGGCCCCAAGAGAAACUGAAAACAAUGGUUAUACAAAAUUUUGGGGUGACAAAGGAAGAGCAUUACGGUAUGUUAUGGUAUUUUCUGGAGUGGUCAAUUGCAAAUUGGGUAUGACUGUGAGAGGAAGUAUGAAGGAUGCAUUACAGAAUAAGGUUGUACUUGGCCUGUCUCACCACCCAGCUUUGAUUUGUCCCAUACUCGCGACGAGUAUGGGAACGACCUCCUUUCAGGACAUUCACUCGCUAAUACUUCCUAGUAAUCCAAAUCCAAGUACUUACUAGUUUGAUGAUACAGAAAACACAUGGGCAUAAGCAACAGAUCAUACUGGGACAAAGAGGGAACGGAAGUCUAAUUACUGGGACGUCCGUACAUUGUAAUAAAUAGUUUGAAACGUCAUGAAGUCCACGCGCUAAUGCCUCGAAGCACACAAUGCAGAAUACUGCGGUGGCGACUGUUGAAUUCUCUCUUGACGACACUAAAUUAAAGUUUGCCGACCUUCCUGGAAACCAACUUCCGAUUAACUUAGCGUUUAAAUGGUCUAAAAAUAACUCUGGUGAAAUUCCCAUAUACCAAGGGCUAAGCUGGGCAUUCCCUCUCUGUGUCCCAUUGUUCUCUCUUGGCAUAAGUUCAUUGUUUUUUGCCAUGGCAAUAGAGCUUUCCCGUGCAUCACAGCUUCAAGAAAACUUUAAAAACCCCGGUAAACGUUUAUUGUGAUGUGUUGAAGCCUUUUUAUAAUUUUUGAUGCUUACUAAGAAAUUAUUUUGGGGGGGUUGUUGCCAGAUUUACAGUCAUUGGGCCUUCCAAAAUCCUACACUGCAGAUAUCACUAGGAAGACGUUCGUUGUUCUUGUCGUUGUUGUCCCUUCAAAGAUUUUACUAGCAGAGAAAAGCUAUAUCCCGUCCAAUAUUAUUUUAUCAUUGGGAACACAAUACCCAAUUCUGUACCUUACACUGACUCCUAGGCUGACGCAGAGGACGCUCUACAACAAAUUAAUGACAUCGUCGACUCCAUCUCAUCUCGGUUAGUAAUAUCUGAAAGACUGGACAUAAAGAAGAACGACUUAUCGAUUUCACUGAGAAAGGUUGAUUCAGAUCGCCUCAAUGGGCUUAGUUUAGAAGAAGGACUUACAAAGUUUGCAUUUCCGAGUAAUCUAAACGUUAGUGCUGACGGCGAAGUAAAUGCCAAGGUAAAGAAAAUUAAACUAUAAUUUUUUAUAAUUAUGAUAACAUUGGCUUACAAGUAAAUACCAUUUUGUACCGUGUCUGUUCUUUUCCGCGGCGCUAAAAUGUGGUAGAAACAAUUGUAAGAAUGACAUCUGUAAUUGAUUCCACAAAUCCCUAAAAACCAUGGUAGUAAACCGUGACUUUAAAUGGGCGUACCAUAUUGCUAAAGCAUAUAGUAUAAGUGAAGUUUUACAGGUACAAUUUAUUUACCUUUCGAACGUAUCGACGUCAGCGAAAGAACCACAUAUUUUCAACGUAAAUGUUAUGGUUCAAAUUCAACCAAUCACGUUAAAAGACGGUUAAAUUAAAUUAUUUCCAAUAUUUUCUUUUAGAUGAUGACUUUUAAUUUCAACCCAUUUCCUGGGGACUCAAGUGGUGCAGCUAUCACAUCUAGCGUUUGUAGCCUGGAACUUUCAAGUAGCGGAAAUGGGACGUUAAAUGUAUCGGAUCUCGAUGAAGACAUCGAGAUUGAUAUCCCUCUUAAUCCUAGUAACGGAGAAUCCGCUGAGCCAACCGGUUCUUUCCUCACCCCGAACAAGUUGACCAUCCACAGCUACUUCGCUGAGCUAGCUAACGUCCCUUUGUCGCUGUUCCUCGCAGGACAAGAUCAAGAUGCUGUAGUAGAGGUGCUAAUAAAAUAUGGAUCAAGGCCAUCGCUGGAUGACUUUGAUGAAAACUUCACUAUCCCUUUAUCCUCAUGUCAAAGUAAUGCAACCACGAUAAAUGAAAACCAAACAGGCUGUGGUUCUCAAUUACAAACAACGAUUACGGUUACCCCUCCAGAGCAAAGUUUAAUUUACGUGGGAAUCUUAACAUUUGGCGAGAAAAAUGUCACUGAGCACUCCAGAAAAAGACGGUCCUGUUUUGGAGGAGGUAGACAAAAACGAUCGUGUAUUGGUGUUAAGGAUCCGCCCCUAGAAGGCUUUAACAAGUCUGUCAUUCCAAAGUAUGAUCCAUUGACAGAUGUAAAUUACACUUUGACAAUGAGCCAAACAAAUUGUUUGUACUGGUCUACUACGAUGGAAAAGUGGACGUCCGAUGGAUGUAAGGUAAGCUAUCGUCAAGAUAUCGAUAAAGCAUGGUUUAUUAAGGAUAAGGAGCAUCAAAUCCUUAUUAGGCAAUAGAGCGUUUUAACAUGACGUCACGGCCGCUAUUUUGGUGGUUCAAAACAAUGAAACGGCGGCCAUGUCGGUGUUGCAAACCAUUCCUGUGGGAGUUCAACUCUUUCUUUUAUGUAAACGCUUUUUUUAGUGUAUAGAUGCUGGUCACGUGGGUUAAAACACUCUGUAAGCCCAAAUGGAAACCCUCACAGUUUUGAUGGAUGGUUAUUCACUCUGAAAUUUAUAUGAAUCCUAUUCCUCGGAGGUUAGUCUACCAUCACAAAUUAAACGACACGUGGGUUAAAGUUAUCAUUCUAUUGGGUCCUUAUUUGGUCUCUUUUGCCUUAGGUUGGCCUUGGCUCUGACAAAAAGAAGCUGAAGUGCCUUUGCAAUCAUUUAACAGCGUUUGGAGGAAACUUUAUACAGACUCCAAAUCCCAUAGAUUUCGACAAAGUAUUUGUGGAAUUUACAAGACUAGGAGAAACUGGAAACGUAGCCGUGUUGAUAACGAUAUGUGUCGUGUUCCUCCUUUAUUUUGUGGUAACUGUCUUUGCAAGACGAGCGGACAAACGUGACGAAAAUAAGGUAUGAAAAUAGCUCCGAUCCAUAAGAAAUAAAUGACACGCUCUAGAAAUAUCAAGUGCAAGAGGUAAUUUAAAAUUUCCAAACUAGCGUUUACUUUACCAAGAUACUUCAGAAACAAUUAGUAAAUAUAUAUAGCUCGGGGGGGCAGCGUGGCGUCGCACUCGCAAUCCCGUGGUCCCGGAUUCGGGUCCCGCUCAGACCACAAGCUGGUUUUGUUUGUCUUGAGCGUAGGGGAUCAGGAACGAGAUUUGUCAAUAGCCUGGAUAUAGCAAAAUACCGACUCAAAAACUGGCAUCUUGAGCAUAACCCUUUCAGUGCCCGAGAUAGGUGUUGUGUACUAAAAGGUCCAAGAAGCUGAGGUCUUAGUAGGUCCUUUGAACGUUAUUUUAUUUUUUAUUUUUUUUUAUGACAAAAUAUUACAACUUCAAUCAAAGCAGAAUUACGUACUUCCAAAUAAGGACAUCUGCUGUAAAGUGUAACCAACAGAUAUGCUCCAAAUAUGGCGUCUAUCUUGCAUGCCUUCUCUUCUAAUGCUUCUCAUAAAAAGUAAGACUUGGACUGGAAAAUAGAUAUUCAAAGUAGCGGCUAAAAAAAGACGUCUCAAGAUUGGCCUGGACUGGGUAGGGGUAGGCCGAUAUACCCGAAACAAAUUGAUCAAUAUACCCUUAACGUUCCAAUGGAACCUGUCAAAGGAAAAAAUACUAAUGAGGGUUCUAAAAUUUAUUUAUUGGCGACGUGAAAAGAUGACGGGUAAAUAAAUUAAUUAACCCGAAAAAACGUACCUUAAAAUAAGCCUUAAAAUAAUCAUUGAACAAGCAAUGAAAGACCUUCGGUAUGUUGUUGGUAAGAAAGAAGUGUGACAUAAGAUUUAUCUGGCUAUCCAAAACAUGUAAAUCAUUCUGAUAUUCUAUUUUGCGACGUUUUCGUCCCUUAGAUUACCCCUCCGAGGACCGUAGUAGUCAAUGAAGGCGGAAGCUAUGUCUACGAAAUGGUGACACGUACAGGUGUUUGGAAAGAUUCAGGUUCUACUGCGAACAUAUCACUUUAUAUAGAAGGCAAGAUGGACGAAAGCAGGGAAAUCCAUUUGCGACGUAGGGGAGAAAACCCUGAACUAUUUUCCCGUGGUGGUGUUGACGGUUUUGUGCUAAUAACCAGUAACACUUACGGACCUCUGAAGGCAAUAACGUUAUGUCAUGAUAACUCUGGCAACGAUCCAUCGUGGUUUCUUGAAACGUUGAUCAUAAAGGAUAAACAAACUGGGGAAGUGUGGAAUUUCUUAGUGAACAGGUGGCUUGCUGUUGAAAAGGGUGAUGGUCAAAUACAAGUUACAGUGCCAUGUUUCAACACAAGUUAUUUUGGAUUCUCAGAUCAGGUGCGAUCGAUGGCCCCUCGAAUUUUAGCCGAUAGUCAUAUUUGGUUGUCAGUUGUUGGCAAAGCAUCGAGCAGUACAUUCACACGAGUGCAAAGAGCGUCUUGUUGCCUUUCCAUUCUUUUUUCUGCCAUGAUCGCAAACGCCAUGUUCUACAAUAUUGGCGGGGAAUCACUAGCGGCAAUUCGGGUUGGACCAUUUAAGUUCUCGUGGCAGCAGAUCGUCAUAGGAGUUCAAAGCGGAGUGAUUGUUGCGCCAGUGAACAUCCUGAUUGUACUACUCUUUCGCUUGAGCAGGCCAAGGCAGCGGAGAGAUUAUAAACACAAAACUGGAACGGAUUCAUUUCAUCUUGUUGAGGAGGCGAGGAAAUCGAGGUUUACACUGCCCCACUGCUUCAUCUACAUCGGAUGGUUCCUUUGUAUCGCCACCACACUAACAAGUGCCGCUUUCACGCUUUUUUACAGCCUUAUGUGGGGAAAAGAGCUUGCCGAGCAAUGGCUUGCAUCCAUAAUGACUUCUCUAGCUGAAGACAUUUUCGCUACGCAGCCAAUGAAAGUGUUACUAGUUGCUUGUGUAAUAUCGUUGUUGGCAAUCCGACGAAAAAAGGUGUGUAACGCUCCAGUUAGAGAUGCAGAAACCUAUGGAGAAAUGAGCGAUAACGAGUUCGAUGAUGAUCCAAAGAAAACGUUGAGACGUUAUAAACUUUCAAAGAUGCGCGAGAACAAGAAAAAGGACGUGAAACUACUAAGAAUGAUUAGACAAAUAAUUCUGCACACCUUAUUCGUACUCCUCAUGGCCAUCACUUGCUAUGGGAACAAAAACAACAACCGCUUCCUGAUGACAACAGCGGUGAAGCAACCGUUUCUAAAGUUUGACAAGGUAAUUGCCUUUUCUUUCCGAGGGAAAGCUAAUAAUUCACAAUUUAUAGAAUAACAUUAGCAACUAGUGGUAACAGGUACACACUGACCAUGGCCAGUCCUAAUCAGAGGAUCAUAGGUUCCACACCUAUAAGGAAAAAUUGGAUUUUUCCUUCCGAAACGCCUCUGUCGCUGACUGAAAAAUCAUCUUUCUCAUGUUUUCACCUGAUGCUUAACAUUAAGCAAAAAAAAAACAUAUAUAUGUAAGCCAUGGCCUAAAAUCGUUCUUAAAAGUAAAAUAUUGCUAAGAAUGUCAAAGCGACGAGGGUGGAUAAGAGUUCACGCUUUUUUCUCCAUGUACAAGCCAAAGGGAAGCGGAAAUUGAACUGAUUACUAUCCAUGACUUUAGUGUAGUAUCUGGUGGUGGCAUCUAAAACAGGACUUUGAAUGGAGCAUCCCACAUUGCUUUCCCUAGUUCAAAAUUACAGUAGCGAAAGUGAAUAAAAAUUUUCUUUUAUAGGUCAACAUUACGUGACAAAAUUAUCACAAUCUAUUGCUUUUUCAACAGGUCACACACCCGGACGUACUGAGGAGAUGGAUGGAUCAAUUUUUCAUACCAAACCUCUAUGCAGGGUUCUGGUACAAUAACCAAAAAGAGAUUAUGCAGGUUUACAUACACAAUAAAAAGUCUAUUUUGCUUGGAAUGCCACGAAUGAGACAAGUUAGAAUUAAGAGGAGUGAGUUCGAGUUUACUGUAAAUAGAAAGAUGAAGACCAUAUUAACUACAAUUAGCCUAAAAGGGACAAAAAGCAAUGCCACCGAAUGAAAGACCGGGUGCUUUAAAAAAACGUAUUAAAGGAACGUAAAGAGAACCUUGCUAUUGAUCUCUUGACAUGGGGAAAAUAAAGUGCUAGCCUCUUCUUUUGCUUUGUCAGGAAAAUUCUAAUUAUAUCAGACGGCGAAAAAUUUAGAAACCUCCAUCUCGCUUAAAUCGGCUUUUCCUGAACACUUGAAAAUGACCUUCACGCACCCCCGACUUUUUUUAGGGAUUUCUUAUAAGGAUUAUUAAUUAUCUAUAUUUUUCUUUAGUUGAUUUUUUGACUUUUUUCUUUGAAGGCACUUGUGGAGUUCUUAGUUUCAUCAACCCGCACUGCUAUUAUGACUACACUUUCGAAAACGAAGACAAAACCUUCAUGAGUCUUCCGGGAUGGAAAGAACUGCCUGUAAAUACGACAUGGCCUGAUUCACUUAAGAUGUGUCCACGACCAUGGCGAUACCAGAGUCAAGAACAUCUUGGGGAUGCUCUACCGACAUGGGGAACUUUCAAGCUGUAUAGUGGGGGUGGAUACAUAGCUGCCAUGGGAUAUAACGAGGAAACAGCAGGUGGGGUAGUCAAUGAAUUACAUGCUGAGGGAUGGAUUGAUCAACAAACCAGACUUGUAGUUAUUGAAUUCACCGUUUUCAACAUCAACACAAACCUAGUCAGCAUCGCUUCUUUCUUCUAUGAAGUUUUAGCUACUGGGGCUGCGUACACAACCAAGAAAGUGGAAACACUGGAGCUAUAUAGUACAGAAUCAGGCGCUCGAGAAUUUUAUCUCAUUUGCCAGUUUCUCUUCAUGUCUAUGACACUUUAUUACUUCGUCUUGCUCCUGGUUAAUCUUUUUCGCCAACGAAUCAGCUUUUUUAAAUCCAUAUGGAAUUUAGUCGAAUUUUUGCAAGUUGUUUCUUCUGUGACAACAGUAACAUUCUACAUGCUCAAAGCUAAAAGUAUUUUAAGAAGUGUUAAAGCAAUACAGUCUAAUCCCUACGCAAUCAUCAACUUUCACACGGCAGUGUCUUGGGCUGAGUGGGAAAAUGCAUCUAUUGCUAUUGCCGUAUUUAUGGCGACGUUAAAGUUUCUCAAUCUUCUUCGGGUUAACCCCCACGUCAUAUUUUUAUUUUCAUCUUUUCGCCAAUCUGUUGGUCACCAAUUAUCCUUUAUGUUCAUUCUCCUGUUAAUCUUCAAUUCCUUUGCCAUGUCAGGAAUACUGAUUUUUGGUGGGUCCAUGUACGUGUAUUCUAGUUAUUUAAGAGCCACAGUAGGCCAAUUUGAAUUUCUGUUAGGUAAAGCAGUGCCGGUAGAAGGUCUUCGAGCUGAAAAUAGAAUUAUCGGUCCCAUAUUUGCCCUGUUUUACGUGCUAACUUUGACCAUUUUCCUCAUGAACAUGUUCAUCUCUAUGCUCAAUGACGCGUACUCUGGUGCAAAGACAAAUGUCGAAGAUAGCGCUGAAGAUCUGGAACUCUCACACCAUCUUGAAGAGCGUUUGUUAGAACUUAUGGGGCAAAGGAGAGACGGACGUGAUCUUACAAAGUUGUUCUGUGACGAAGCAAUUUUCGUGAACAUGCUCAGCUCCGAAGCAGAGCCAUUUUGCAAGAACACUGAACGAAUUCUUCAGUGCACAUAUGAGCGAUUGAUUAAAGUAGAUCAGCGAAUUGCUAAGCUUAUUCGAAUGACUGAGACGGAAGAAAACGGUCAGCUUGAGGAAGACCGUGAGCUUAUUACCCUCAUAAGUAAAAUUAUCUUCGUUCCCCAAACUUGUGACAGUCAGGCUCACGUUGCCUUUAUGUACUAG